UAUUAUGCAAGGUACAGUAAAUAUGGGUUAUUUAAGAGCUAAAUUAAAAAAACAAUAAAUAUAAUUGUAAUCCAAAACACAUGACCAGCCACAUGUAAUAGGAUAUAACUGAUAUAUAACUGAUGUAAAGGCUUAGGAGCUUAAAAGCACUGAAGCACUGAUUAAUGAUCAAGGCUUAAACCGCAUUAGAUUUGCGCUUUACACCAAUUAUACCACGAAACCACUUUUGUACGAAAAGGCCCAUGAAGUCGACAGUAACAGAGGACAUCGAAUUUCAAGCUUUAUGUUUGCAAAGCAGUGCAGUCCAAACCUCCCCGUGCACUUUGUGUCCACAGACACUCGGUUCUUCAAAUGUUAGACGCUUUAUUUACCUCUAUGUGUGAUUGUAGCUGUUCACAUAGUUUUGUCUCUAAAGGCAGCAUGUUUGUCGUUUUACAACCGGCUGAAGCAGGUGCUGAUAACACAGCUGGAUGGGGUUGCUCCCCUGAGACAUGAGCGCUUGUUGAGGAGCAGCUCCAAAAGAUCAGCAUGAGGUCCACUCCUCCCAUACAACGACACCUUCCCUUGAGCUUUGGCACACGGCACAGAUAACGUGACCUCAUCUCUUGGCAGCUUUCAGUGCGAUCUCGGUCAUCGAAUGAGUGUUUGCCUUUUCUUGUCUGUAAAUGCCUGCUUUUAAACCCCCAUGUGAACGAAGGUGGGUGGUCAGGAUGCAGUGGACGUCUUUGCUUUAUGCCGUGCUGUUGAUCGUUUCCAGUAUCUGCUCUGUGUUUGGGAAUUCUGUAUUACUGUUGGUGGUGUUAUUUGACAAGAGCUUGCGGACAGACACCUGGCCUCUUACGAUGAGUUUCUGUCUAAGCGAUCUGGCGUUGGCCAUCUCCGUCAUCCCUUUUGGAAUCCAUAACAGCCUUUUCUCAGUGAAGAACUAUUCGAGCAAAAGUGUCCUUUGCCAGGGCAGCGCCUUCUUGUUUCUUCUCUUUCAACUCGCCUCCAUCCAUUCCCUCACCUGGGCCGUUGUCGACAAGUUCACCGAGAUCUGCUUCGCUCUCAGUUACGCCAGCAUCUUCACAGCACACAGGGUUAAAGUCAUCCUUACCUUGGUGUGGGUCUAUAGCUUCCUCAACGCCGCUAUGCCGUUACUCGGCUUCGGUAGUUACAGCUACAGCGAGACGAAGUUCCUCUGCAUUCCCAGCUUCCAACCGUCCAGAAUCGGCUUCAACAUGCUCUUCAUAGUGUUGGGAAUAAUCAUUCCUAUUCUUCUAAUGUGCUCCAUGUACGGAUAUAUAGUUUAUAUAGCGAGGAAUCAGGUGAAACGAGGGACGUUCGUAUGCAACGAAGACCACUGUUUCUAUGUACCGGCCAAUAACUACUUCAAGAGCUCCAUAGUAAUGGUCACAACGAUAGUGUGUUUGCUUGUGUGUUGGCUGCCAUACAUCAUCAUCUGCUUCUAUGAGACGCUGACAGGAAAGGAAAGCUCGCAGUUUGUCUCAGUCAUUGCCACGUGGCUUGUACUGUUCACUUCAGCCCUCAACCCAUGGAUCAACUCCAUGACUCGAACGAGGUACAGGGUGGCACUUCGCAGAAAUGUGAAUAAAAUCCGAAAGAUGGUUCAGCAUCCUUGUAAAACCUCCCUCUUCAAGUGCACAACCGUACAGCCGGCCCGCGAGACCAACGAAUCUACUGCAUCAUCUCCCAGCGUGCCUCCGGCACCACAAACAAACAACAGACCCCAACAGGACCUCACGCUGGCUUGAACACAACCCGCAAUGACCUCUCCCUCCUACUCUAAGGGUUUAAAUUGAGCAGAAAUAACCAUGACUUACAGCAUCGCACGCAGCAUCGGUUUACUCGGCACAACAGGGCACUGGGUCAUGGAGAUAUAACCAGGAGCAAAUUGCUGCUUAUCAUGUACAGACUUCACAGAGACCUUGGAGGAACUCGUAAUAUAUAGUGCAUAAAGUAUUUUGCAUAUAAGUAAUCCAUGAACAAGUUAAUUUAACAAAGACUCUGCUCUACCAAACCAAAACAUGCAUCCACGGGUAUGCAUUAUUUUACGAUAAACACACGUAAUGUCUUAAAAUAACCACCAGAGCAAUGUCUGUGGUAACGGUAGUAUAAUUAUCCCCAGUCGUCAAUUAUCCCCUAUACCUUGUGAAAGAUUGAAAACUGAACAGAAAUGCACAAACUGAUCUGAUGGGGCUCACAAAACCCCCCAAUAGUUGUUGUACAAUGAAAUGCAUGAUGAGAGAUAUUAGAACCAUGCAUAACCACGUUGUACAAUGAAAUGCAUGAUGAGAGAUAUAAGAACCAUGCAUAACCACAGCAUGAAUGAGUAAUUGAAGUGAACUUAGACUUUUUCAAUGUUCAGCACUUUGCAACAUUUUUAUCUACUAUUGCAGCAUUGUGAAUCAUCCACUUGUGAAUCAUUAGAGGCUAUGAAAGGUUAUAAUAUACUGCGAUAAAAUAGUGCAUUAUAAUUCAAGCACUGCAAAAAAUCCCAU